AUGCUGAACCAAUUAACUGCUCUCUUUCUAUUAGGCUACUCUGCCUCACAGACUUCAUGGAAGUUAAUUUCUGCGGUUCUGGGCUUCAUCUGCUUGGCGCUCCUUGUGACUGUUGGAAUCUUAGCUACAAAGAAAACAGAGCCAUGUUCAGGCAAUGUGACUUUCAGUGAGAAAACAGACCAGAAGGAAUUCAUUUCAGGAAAUUUAUCGAUUCUCCCGCUGUCGACAAAAGUUCAAGGUUCAAAGUGUCACCCUUGUGAAGACAACUGGCACCAACAUGGGGAAAACUGCUACUCUGUUUCUGCACAACCAAGUUUUUGGAAAAAUUGUGACGUUCAUUGUACUACGUGGUCUUCAAGUUUUCUUAAAGUAAAUACUGAAAAAGAAAUGGAUUUUGUAAAAAAUUUUUCAAUGAAGCAAUGUCAUAUUGGAGCAGUAAAGUUUUGGAUUAGUUUAUAUUACAACAGCAGUGAACAGAAACGGGCUUGGAAAGAUAGCUCAGCUUUUACUUUGGACAAGAUCCAGUUAGCAAAACCUGACAUUGCCUCUAAUCAUUGCAAAUAUAUUCAAAAUGGUCAGUUAUUGGAUGAUAAUUGCGAAGACCUUGGUCAUUGUAUAUGUAAGAAGACAACAUUUGGAGACUGAAUCUCUCACAUGCGAGAUAUAAAACUGAAAGCAACAAAUGAACAAACCU